GUGUGGAUGUUCAAUGCCAUCUUCACUGUCCUCGUUGUGGCUCGACUGGCCAUGUUCAGCGAACCAGUCACUCAGUCGACGUCGAAGUCCGCAUCUGAUUACUGGAGGAACAGGAGGCAGGCUGAGAUCUGCAUGGAGAGGGAAGACUACCAGGAGGCUUACCGCAAAUUGUUGGCCUGCUUGAAGUCACUGGAACGACCUUUGCCCACCUCAUCCUUCAAUCUCUUCCUCAGUCUGGCCUGGAACUCCAUCCGCCAGAUGCUG